GCCACAUGCUGUCCCUGCUGCUGGUCCUCGCAGGCCUGGGCCGGCUGAGCUCCGGCCAGCAUUCUGAAACACAGUUUCUGCAAAUUACAGUGCCACAGAAGAUUGAGACAAACACCAGUGAUGGCGAUGUUUCAGGAAUGCAUAUCACUUAUCUCAUCAAAAUUGAAGGGAAAACAUACACUUUCCAUCUUGAAAAACAGUCAUUUUUACACCCACGUUUCCUCGUGUAUUUAUACAACAAAUCGGGAGCAAUGUAUCCAGAUUCUUCAUUUACAAAAGGCCAUUGCUUUUAUCAAGGAUAUGCUGCAGAGACUCCAAAGUCAGUUGCAACACUAAGCACUUGUUCAGGACUCAGGGGAAUGCUGCAGUUAAAGAAUAUCAGUUAUGGUAUUGAACCAUUGGAAUCAUCACCUACAUAUGCACAUAUACUUUACCAAAUAAUGAAUAAUAAAGUUGAUGAGUUCUCCUUUCAAGAAAAGUACUCUGUCACCCAAGAUGUAGAUCAACCCUACAGGAUUCUUGUCAACUCAGAAGUGAGUAUUCUUUUUUAUGAGCUUUUCCUUUAUCUUACUUUUGAUAAACUUAUUCACAUUGAAAUUUUGAGAUUUGACAAAUUUGGAAAAAAUUUAAAUCCAUUUAAAUAUAAUAGUUUAGUAAUUUUCACUAGUGAUAAAGAAACAAAAUUUGUCUUUCAGUAUGACUAUAUGGGCUCUGAAGUGGCAAUUGCAGUUGAGAAAGUUACCCAAAUCUUUGGUUUCAUCAACACUAUGUUUUCCCAGCUUAAAAUGACAAUUAUGCUAUCUUCUUUGGAGGUGUGGUCAGAUCAAAGUAAAAUUUCAACAAGUGGGGAUGUUGAUGAAUUACUACAAAGAUUUUUGUCUUGGAAACAAAAAUUUUCCUUCCAGAGGUUCCGUGAUAUGGCAUACUUAUUAAUUUAUAGGGACCAUCUUAUUCAUGUGGGAGCAACUUAUCAUGGAAUGGCGUGUGAUCCCAAGUUUGCAGCAGGAGUUGCUCUGUAUUCAAAGAGAAUAACCUUAGAGGCCUUUUCAGUGGUUCUGGUACAGUUGCUUGGAAUUAAUCUGGGAUUAACAUAUGAUAACAUCUACAAUUGUUACUGUCAAGGAGCUACAUGCAUAAUGAGUCCGGAAGCAAUACUAUUGCAUGGUGUAAAGCUUUUUAGCAGUUGCAGCAUGGAUGAAUUUAAACAGAUAAUUUCGCAGUCUGAACUUGAGUGUCUUCAGAAUGAAACAAUUUCAAGAGUGAUUUCCCCAAAACAAAGUGCAACUUGUGGCAAUUCAGUUGUGGAAUCAGGAGAGGAAUGUGAUUGUGGCACAGAAGAGAAAUGUGCCCAUAAAAAAUGCUGUAAUCCUAAACUUUGCACUCUAAAGAAAAAUGCAGAGUGUGGCUCUGGGCCAUGCUGUAAUGUAAACACUUGCAAGAUAUAUGAAAAAGGACAUUUAUGUAGGGAAAAAAGAGAUCUGUGUGAUUUACAAGAAUAUUGCAAUGGAACAUCUGAGUUUUGUGUAAUUGAUCGCCAUGCUGCUGAUUGGGAACACUGUAAUGACAACACCGCCUAUUGCUAUAAAGGAAUAUGCCAAGAUGCAGAUAUACAGUGUACAAAGUUAUUUGGAAAAUUUGCUAAAGGAGGUCCUCAAGUGUGUGUGCAAGAAGUGAAUUAUCAUGGUGACAAAUUUGGAAACUGUGGUGGACGUUGUAAUUACAGGCAUAUCUUUUGUGGAAAACUGGUUUGUCACUGGUCACAUACAGAGAUAGUACCAAUCAUUGACCAUGAUGUGCAAUAUACUUAUAUUGAUGGCUAUGUAUGUGUGUCUGCAUAUUUAAGAAAUACUUCAAAACGUGAUGAGACCUAUGUAAAAUCUGGUGCUCUUUGUGAACCAGAGAAGGGUUGCAGUGGGUUCAGAUGUGAAUUAGUUAAAGAGAAGAGGAAUUGGACUCGGUGUAGUUCAGAUAAACAUUGCCAAGGACAUGGGAUUUGCAACGAUGUCUUUCAUUGUCAUUGUAAUCCUGGAUAUUUUCCCCCAAAGUGUGAUGUAGACCCACAAUCACCAGGAGGAAGCAUAGAUGAUGGGAAUUGGUCUCCAGGAGGGGUACAAAUGUUUCUGGUUCUGUGUAUCAAAUUUGUUAUGCUGAGUCAGGAUUGUAAGUGUGCCCAUCACCAAGAUAAUGUUCAUUGUACCUGUUAGGU